AGGAAGGCAGCGCUGGAGCUGGGCGGGCGCAGAAGCGAGCCGCAGCCCCUCCAGGGGAGGAAAUGAAGGCGAGGGGAGAAAAACCAGUCCGGCCCCGGUAUCAAUAUUUUAUCAGUGUGUCAGCAGCAGCCGCGGCUCGGGAGCUCAGCCGGGGAUGGGGCAGCAGCCGAGCGCACGGGAAGCCCGGCGCGGAGCUGUAGCCAGCCUCGGGCUCCGGGCGGCUUAAAAGGGCACUUUGUAUUCCCGAGCCAGCCGCGGCGCGGGGACCAUGAGCGGCUCCGCGGGCUUCGCCUUGCUCUGCGGCUUGCCCUGGCUCCUGGGGGUGCUGCCGCAAGAGCUGCAGACCGGGGCUGGGGGAAGGAGCAGCCGACCCACCCCCACCAAAGCGGCGGAUUUCGACCGGAUCUACGCAGGGACGGUGAACAUCAACCGCGAGGAGAUCUACUCCUUCAAUUACACCAGCAAGCCGGGCCAGGUGGAUGCAGUGCGGGUGUAUGUAAAGAGUGACUCUGAGGACCUGCAGUAUCCCAUCCUGUUUGUAGUUCGUCAGCAGAAGGGGGUCCUGUCAUGGCAAGUCCCUCUGAUUUUUCGAGGCCUUUACCAAAGGACCUACAACUACCAGGAAGUGAGCCGUACACUCUGCCCUUCGGAACCCACACCUGAGAUGGGACCCUCUGAGCAGAUCAUAUUUGUAGAUGUGGCUUCCAUGGCACUGUUUGAUAUUGAGUAUGAGCUGCUGGUCACAAGGCUCAAGAGCUUCCAACUCACGACAGACAAAGCCUUUAACUUCACUGCCAGCCCUUCUCAGCCUCAGUAUUUUCUGUACAAGUUCCCUCCAGAUGUGGAUUCCGUCAUCAUCAAGGUGGUAUCUGAAACCGUCUAUCCCUGUUCUGUUGUCUCCGUCCAGGAAAUUGUGUGCCCUGUGUAUGAUCUGGACCACAAUGUGGAGUUUAAUGGUGUUUACCAGUCCAUGACAAAGCAAGCUGCCAUCACUGUACAGAAGAAGGAUUUCCCAGGCGAGCAGUUCUUUGUUGUAUUUGUCAUAAAGCCAGAGGACUAUGCCUGCGGGGGCUCUGUGCCUUCCUCUAUCAAGGGAAAGGGCAACCACACCUGGAACUUACAACGAACGAAGAGCCUUCAAGUGACCAUUGCACCCUCUAUUAAAGAGUCUGACUACGUGCAAGCCAUGCUCUUCAGCUUCCUGAGCUUCCUCUCCUUCUACCUGGGCUCACUGAUCGUCGCCUUUGUGCACUACGUCAGGGUUCAGAGGAAGACUUCAGCUGGGAGAUACAGUCCUGAUGAUGGAUCCGGGACUGUGGCUACCUCGCAUCCCAUCACGACUGGCACCCCCGAGGGAAGCAGCUACGGAGCUAUUGAUGAGUCAAGCUCCAGCGGCGGCCGGCAGUUAUCGUCCCCGGAGCGUGGGCCCCCACAUGGUUCUGACACAGACAGCUCUGUGGAGGAGGAGAGCGAUUUUGACACCAUGCCCGAAAUUGAAAGCGAUAAGAAUGUCAUCCGCACUAAGAUGUUCCUCUAUCUGUCAGACUUGUCCAGAAAGGAUCGGCGAAUCGUCAGCAAAAAGUACAAAAUUUAUUUCUGGAACAUCAUCACAAUCGCCGUGUUCUAUGCACUGCCUGUGAUCCAGCUGGUCAUCACAUACCAAACGGUGGUGAAUGUAACUGGUAACCAGGAUAUCUGCUACUAUAACUUCCUCUGUGCUCAUCCUCUGGGGGUCUUGAGCGCUUUCAACAACGUCCUGAGCAAUGUGGGCCACGUGCUGCUGGGCUUCCUCUUCCUGCUGAUCGUGUUGCGCAGAGACAUUCUCCACCGCCAGUCACUGGAAGCCAAAGACACCUACACGCUGGAAUAUGGAAUCCCCAAACACUUUGGUCUCUUCUAUGCCAUGGGCAUUGCUUUGAUGAUGGAAGGGGUUCUCAGUGCUUGUUACCAUGUCUGCCCCAACUAUUCUAAUUUCCAGUUUGACACCUCCUUCAUGUACAUGAUUGCAGGACUCUGCAUGCUCAAGCUGUACCAGACCCGCCACCCUGACAUCAACGCCAGUGCUUACUCUGCUUACGCCUCCUUCGCCGUGGUCAUUUGCCUGGCUGUCGUCGGAGUGGUGUUCGGAAAGAACAAUGUGUGGUUUUGGGUCAUCUUCUCAGUCAUCCACAUCGUGGCCUCGCUGGCUCUCAGCACCCAGAUCUACUACAUGGGCCGUUUCAAAAUAGAUGUCUCUGACACAGACUUUGGGAUUUUCCGCCGAGUGGUGAUGGUGCUGUACACGGACUGUUUCCAGCAGUGCAGCCGGCCAAUGUACAUGGACAGAAUGGUGCUGCUCAUUGUUGGAAACCUGGUCAACUGGUCCUUUGCUGUCUUUGGACUGGUGUAUCGGCCAAGGGACUUUGCCUCCUACAUGCUGGGGAUCUUUAUUUGUAACCUACUGCUGUAUCUGGCCUUUUAUAUCAUCAUGAAGCUCCGCAGCUCUGAGAAGCUCCUGCCCAUUCCACUGUUCUGCAUCGUGGCCACAGCCGUGGUUUGGGCUGCAGCCCUUUACUUCUUCUUCCAAAACCUCAGCAGCUGGGAGGAGACCCCGGCGGAAUCCCGAGAGAAGAAUCGCCCAUGCAUCCUGCUGGGCUUCUUUGAUGACCAUGACGUCUGGCACUUCCUCUCAGCAGCCGCCUUGUUCUUCUCCUUCUUGGUUCUGUUAACGCUGGAUGAUGACCUGGAUUCCGUGAGGAGAGACAAGAUCCCUGUGUUCUGAGUGAUGGGAGGCGGGGUGGGGAUGGCGUUCUUCAUUCUGCUCGGUGGAAGGAGCAGAGCCGGCAGCCAGCAUUGUCUGAGGGGAAUGAACCUCCUGUUGUACAAACAGCACUGACAUCCCAGCUGGGCGGAGAGGAAGGAGCAGAUAGAUCCCACACCAGCAAAUAGGAGGUUUCUGUAAUAAAUGAGGCAAGACCUGAAAGGCAGACAGAGCCCUGCCUGUUCCUCCUCCCUGCCACUCAUUGGAUCAGAUGUGGCCAUCCAGCAUCCUGGAGUUGAGUGCAAGGCAGAUGGGCAGUGUUUGGCUGGUUCCUCUCCCAGUGGCUGCUGGAAGUCACGCAGGAGUGAGGGAGCUGUGGCCAUCUUCAUUAAGGGUAGUGUGUUCCUCCAGGGGUGACUUAAACUGUGUUCACCUUCUCCUGCAACCUCCGCCACCCUGAGAAAAGCCACUCAGCAGUCGUGAGCUGCCCCAGGGAGCAGUCUUUCUUUCACUCACUGCCUGGCACCAACCCCAGCAGUGCAAUGGAACAUGAGACACAGCAAGCCCCUUGGAUGGGGAAGAGCAUCUGACACUAGCUCUUGACUCCUUUACCUGCCUUUAUGUUGUGUUGCACGUUCUCUCCCAUGAGUAUGGUCGUCCGGGGCGAUGCAGGUCCCCGUCACGUUUGUAGCUGUUCCCUGCACCCCACGGGCCACUACCGUCAACACUGCUACUCUCUGCAUCUGAUCACGUCCAUGGGUCCCUGCAGCCUGCCCCGGGAAGUGUUAGCUCUCACCUUGUGCCAGCCUGAGGAGUGCCUGCUGGGGCUACAGGUAGCAAACAAAGACCAGCCUCAAAUCUGUAGCCCCAGCCUUAAGCUUGAGCUACUUCAUCCUGCAGCUGGAAGAACCUCAGGCCAGUGAAAGGCAAUGGGCCGAAUGAACUGUUCCACCUGAAAAAGCAACAGCCCUGGGAGAUGGUGCUCGACUGUGGUGGGCUCCUACUACCCACGUUCUGGAAGCCCCAGAUGCCAACGUGUUUGCUCCUCCUUGGCCUCCCUCCCUGUGCUUUUCAGUGGAGGAAGAGUUCAUGGUUGGCUCUUGCCUGGAGAUCAGUUCACUGGUAGCUCCCCUCUUGCAUCUGAAAUGACAUCCUGUGACCCUAACACAGCCACUCUGCAUUAGAGUGCUCCCUUUGCUGUCCACUCCCUAUGCGGGUGUUUAGAAAAGGGAGCUGUGGAAUUACAGCCUAGUGCAGUCAUGCAUCAGGGCAUUGUCCUGUUCGUACUGGUGGCAGUUUUGCUAUUGACUUCAGUGAGAGCAGGGUCAGGCCUAUUGCGAAGAAGCUACUUAUGAACCUCAGUCUUUCAGGGUUUCUGAAUUUACAACCAAUCAUUUGCUCAAGACUGAAAGCUAGCAAAGAAGGCUCCCACCACAGAAGAGAAAGGUCAGUUUAAUAAAAUUCUGAACCAAACGCUGUUUCCCCUCAGCCCUGCUGCAGCCACAAAAUAGAUUUUGGAUUUUUGUUAAUGGCUUGUGCAUUUUUACUGUUGCCUGAAUUGCCACAUCAUUUAAAAACAUGAACAAGGUGUGAAAUGUUGCAGGUGUUGUGGCUAAAAGGUGACCCGCGUUGCUAAUUUUGAAUUUAAAAAUAGUGUCAAUUACUGAGGCCUCCUGGAACGUUUUUUUAAAAAGUUGCUAUUGGAGUAUUGUUGAAUUGUCAAAAAGGGGUGUGUGUGGGGGGGGGCGUAGGGGUGUUCAAUUCUAUGGUAACUAUUACACAGAGGCCCCGGGCCACUAGCAUUUACUUUGGGGAAAAAGUCUACGGUGAAGCUGUGCUCUGAAAAGUGUCCCUCUCCUAGAUGUCAUAUUGAUUGGUUGAAAUUUGUUAAGACUACAAAUAAAUGAGGGUUUUUUCUAAUUCCCAGCCCUCUGACUUCAAGCUGGGUUCUUCUUAUCUUAUGCAUUAGAACCAAUAAGAAAAGUUGUGCAGACCCAAUUCUGCUCUUACCCAUACCUGUACAAUCACACUGCUGGCCGUGGGUGUACUUAAGAGUAGAAACUUGGUUUCUCAAGUUGGGUACCCAAAAUCAGUGAUCCCUUUUGAAAGGUUGGCCUAAUGUUUUGGAUAAACUGUGGGAAAGAAACUGCAACCCCUCAACUGUUCGACAGUCAGUUUAUUUCACUGCUGGCACAGUUGAACUUGUUGGACUGUGAAUAAUCCACAUCUGUUACAAAUUCUCCCACCAGCUCUCACCAUAUGUUCUUUGUUUAGAACAAAUGUCACAGUGCAGGAUCUGCUGCUCAAUGGAACAAAGCUGUGGAGGAGGAGGAGACUAAUACGAAUGAGGGAGAAAGAGGUUCAGGAAGGUCCCUAAUAAGGAUUUAAUUUUUUUUUUUUUUUUUUUUUGGACAGUAAGAUCCCAUAUUACCUGUAGUAAGGGUGAGCUUUUACAUGUACAAAGUUCAUGCAAACAGCAUUAAAUGUAGCCCUACCUGUGUCCCUGUGGUGCUACCCUAAGCAGUAUCUGAACACCCCUCUACUUUGACUUAAUAAGGAACUCACCACCAGAGGUUGGUCUAAUAAAACCUAUUACCUCACCCUCCUUGUCCCUCUAAUAUCCUGGAUGCAACAUGGCUACAGCCACACAGCAGCCAACACCUCAGGACACCCCUCUGUGAGAGCUGGGAGGCAUGACAGAGCUGGGUGCAUGGGGACAUGUGGUGCCCCUGCUAUCAAUUAGAAUAGGCUAGCGACUGCCUUCUCCUAGUCUCGCUACACCCUCCAGGUGAACAGUCAGCUGCUGAGAGCAGUUCUCUCUGAUGGCAGAGAGCAGCUUCCCUUCGAGGUCAGGUCUCACUGAUCCGGCUCAGCUAGGCAUAAGCCCUACAUUGAGUGUAACUUCAAAAGAACUGCUAGGCUGAGGAAGAUUAGGGCUGUAAGUCCUUUUCCUCCCUCCCAUCACCCUGCUUCCCCCACUCCAGCUAACGUAGGGCUGUCAUCUCACCCUUGCAGUCACAGCUUGUGCUUAGAGAAUGGGUAACAAGGGCCUUGCUCUCAUGUGUGUAUAAAUAUAUAUUUAUAGUGUGGCUCUGGCACAACCGCAUGGGGCCAAUUGCAUUCCCUGCUGGGCACCAUGUUACCAGACAGCUAGUGCCAACUUGGAGACGGGGGCGAGUAGAUGUCAGAGCAACAGUUGGAGGGAUUGAUAUAGACAGAAACAUUAAAAGUGCUACCCAUUCAGUUUGGCUAAAUGAUAAAUCAAGGGGAACAUGAGUCUACUGUGCAAACGUGAAGAAUAUAACCACAAAGGAGGAAGCGGAAUUACACAGCAGGGGGUGGGAGAGAGCUAGCUCGAAGGAAGGGCAUGAAACUAAGGCAGGCACUGUAGGCUGACUAUGAGGAAAAGUUGCUCACCCACCAAAGGUAGCAGGGGGGUGGACUAGUCUCCUAAGGGAAGGGACAGAAGUGCCAAUAUUUGUGGUUUUAAAUCACGCUUAGCACGAAUAUUGUAAAUGUCCAAUAAAGAACCAUCAUGUAUUGGCACCUGUGGACAACUGAGUGGCUAGAUUCACAAAGGGAUUUUAGGGGCCUAGGUGCUAAGGUACAACAUUUAGAUACUCAGAACACCUACUCAGCUAAUGCCUAAAUCUGGAGAUGCCUAAUGGCCCUAGGCACAUAUGCUGCUGCUGGGGCUGGCCCCCUGGCACCUAAAUGGCUGCUGGUACACUUGUGCAAAGCCGCCCAAGUCCUGAUGAGACUAAAUUGCUCAGUGACUCACGCCUAAGCCUCAGUGGACUUCACACACUAGCCAUGCCCCACCCAACUCACCUGCUGGUCCAAGACUAGUAGGUGUGUUCAGAGCAUGCCCACCCCACAUAAAGGCCACCAUUGGGCUGGCGAAUAUUACGCUGUAGCCCAGUGGGGCAGUAGGACAGACUCCUUGGAGACCCACAUUCCAGGCCCCUUCUUUGCAUCCAUGAUUAACUCUUGCAUACAUUGUGGAACAGUUUCAACAGCAGUGCUUGAAAGCCCCAUCCCAGAAGCCACUGGUUAGGACACACUCCAGGAGGUUCAAGUCCUUGCUCCAAACUAGACCGAGUAUUUGACCCCCAGGUUUUCCACUGCCUGGGGCUAAGGGUGGCACAGCAUCACUAUCACCUUAGCUUUUUUUUUUUUGCGCAAGAAAGGGCUGAUGUGAUUUAGGCACCUAACUCCCAGAGAGGCACCUAACUCUCAGCUGACAAUCCUGGGUGGAGGACGGUGCCAUAGUCCAGCCCAGAAUUAGGCAUUUAAAUCCCUUUGCAGGGUGGAGUUUAGUUCCUACUCACUUCCUCCUACUAGCUUAAGCAGCGCCCGCUCCGCUUGCUGGCUUUUGUGGCUCCCAUUCUUGGGCACCUAUAUUGGCCCCUGCAUUAUUGGGCAAACCUGGGCCCCUAACUGUGAAGUCCACUGGAUAGCAGGGUGCCUAGAUGUUAGGUGUUGUAAAUACUCAGCCUAAGUCUCCCUUGUCACACCCAUCCUAGGUAAUCUACUCAAUAGGUGUUUCCCACCUGUCAACCCUUUUGUCAUCCUCCCUUCUUUUAAACUAGCCACAGUCCUUUAUUUUCUCUGUUGAAUUUACAUGUAGACUUAAAAUACAAAUAGAAAGCAGUUGAGAGAAGCUACUACCUGUGGUUGCAGGGGGUACUUUGUUUCCCCUACUUCUUGCUAGGCCUCUGUUCUUUUGCGUUUAUAAUCUGUUUGGAGUUUGUGCAUUGGUGAAACAGUAAGAUGUGAACAGGCAUUGCACUUCGGCAUUGCAUGGUAGACCCUCAGUCAAGGAGUGCUAGGGUGGACUGAUGUGAGCCAUCUGAGAGGUGCAAUAAAGCUCUAUAGGAUAGAGGCUGGACUUAGUACAGUUCGGAAAUGAAACUUACAUUAUCCAUAUGUAGAAAAAGCAAUCAGAUCAUCCAGGAGAACUCAGAGAAAAGGCUCUGCACAACCACCAACGGAACACGAGAACUACAGCCAGCUGAAGCCAGUUACCAGCAAGAGAGAAGAGUUUAUUGUAACUAGAAGGGGAUGCAAUAAUCAACGAAAACAAUUAUCAAGGCUGAAUACUAAGGAAAACUUCCUGAGAAUGAGAUAUACAAAGGAGAGGAAGGGAACAGUCUCCUAGGGGAAGAGGGAAGUCCCAUUGCUUGGGACAUUUAAAACUAGACUAAGCAAAGCAUAAGCAUACACACCACAGGAAACAAUCCCACCUGGCCCCAAGGGUAGGAAAUAAACAAGGAGAUCUACUGAUCUUUUCCAUCUCUGAUUUGUACAAUUUAAUGAGGAUUUUGUGGGCAGGAUUCUACAGUCAGAAUGGCAAGCUCUGUUUGCUGCCAACAUUCCAAUCCAGCUCAGCUAAAUUUAGGAACCAAAUGUCAAUCAAAUAUACUUUAUCUCCAAUCAAGUGAGGUCCUUUGUGCGCAAGGUGCUUGUAGCAGGCAGAUUUUCUCCACAACUUCAGCAGCUGCGUUUGUAGCAGUAGCAAGCGAAAGCUGCUCCAUCUCAUUGCACACUAUUGCUGGAGGGCCUUGAAACCUCAGUCACAAAGGAAUGGCUACUGCUACUAACAGAAACCACACAGAAGUGGAAGAGCAAAUGAGAAAUGCAGUGCCUCAUUCUGGUGCUCUCUCACUGGAGAACAGUUGAGAAAAUCCAUGGGUUUGCUACAAGUAAGUCUAUGCAGCUGAAGUGGGGUUUUUUACCCACAAAAACUUAUGCCAAAAUAAAUCUGUUAGUCUUUAAGGUGCCACUGGACUCCUCGUUGUUUUUACAAGUGAGAGUGUCUCUAAAAAUCUCCUCUGGAAUUUCCUGAGCCUCAAAUGUUUAAUUUUUUAAAAAAGUAUUGUUUAAGAAACAAAUUAAUUUACAACUUUGUUUUUUCUAGAAACUUGACAUACUCUAAACAUCGUCCAAAAAGAACACAGUACACAAAGAGUAAUUUUAAAUUUUUUUAAUAAAAUACUAUAAUGUUCAUAUCUAUACAAAUAAUUAUUACAACCAUUAAACAAAGUGUUACAUUUAACAAUAAAAAUCUCAAAACUUUGAACAAGAUCAUGGUUGGGAUAUUUACACCUGAAAGCAACACAUUUGUAAAAAGAUGUCAAAAUAAACAGAACAAGAUCUUAUUUACAAUUGCAAGAUGUUCCUGAUCAUGUUUAUUAUACAUUUCUGCUCUGGAGUUCCUUUUUCCCUUACAAAAUAGUAGUGGGAGUUUCCACUGGGACUAUAACCAAGUAAUGUACAGCUUGUAGCCGAUUGUAUACAGCAGAAAAUUCUGGACUGAGUAUAAAUAAAAAUAUUAUGUUAUGGAAA